CCUAUAAAGAAAUGACACUUGUUUCUAUUGUUUAUAAACUUUGUCAAACGCUUUGAACCGUCAAAUACGAACGGAACAUUUGCAAGGCAUUCAUGGGAGUUUAUUUAGAUAGCGGCAGUGCGACUCGUUCUCAGCUCAAGGCUGUUUCCUCACCCAAGAGUGAAAUCAACAUGGAGGAUCUAGCUGUAGAAGUUGUCGGCGAAAACGGAGCCCUUUAUAAGGGCUUCAUUGUCGACGUUUACGAUGACGGUGUUCUCGUUCACUUCGAAGACGAGUGGCAACCCGAUUCAAAAUUCCCCUAUGAACAAGCCAGGCUGCCACCUAAUCCAGAAACCAAAAUUGAAUUUACCGAAGGCAUGGAAGUGGAGGUGUUUUCCAGAUCCAACAAUCAGGAAGGGUAUGGAUGGUGGAAAGCCAGGAUAAAAAUGAUGAAAGGUGACUUCUAUGUGUUGGAAUAUCUUGGCUGGGAAAAUACCUAUACUGAAAUUGUCAGUAACGAUAGGCUCAGGCAGAAAAACGCCAAUCCUCCAAUCGAUAAGUCUUUGUUUACCAAAUUUGAAAUCGAAGUUCCUGAGGAUAUUAGAGAAUACUGUAAAAAAGACACCCACAUAGAAUUCGCCAAGGCCAUCGGCGCCGGCCAAAUCACCUACAAUCCCGAAAAAGGCUGCCUGGUUGUGAUAUCCCGGAACGACGCCAGCAAAAAGAAAGCCGCGCUGCUCCAAGACAUGCACUUUCGAAGUCUUUCCCAGAAGGUGUUCCUCCUGAAGCGGACCGAAGAGGCCGCCCGACAGUUGGAGAACACCAAACUGGCCACCAUCGGCGGCUACUCGGACGAGUUCCACGUCAAGGAGUACUUGAUGGGACUGGCCAUCGGGGCGCACGGCGUCAACAUCCAGCAAGCGAGGAAAGUGGAGGGGAUAACCAACAUUGAAUUGGAGGAGAACACGUGUACGUUUAAGAUAUACGGAGAAAGUAACGAUGCGGUUAAAAAAGCUAGGUCGAUGUUAGAAUAUGGUGAAGAAUCCCUUCAAGUUCCCAGAGCUUUGGUGGGUAAAGUGAUCGGAAAAAAUGGUAGGAUUAUACAAGAAAUUGUAGACAAAAGCGGAGUGGUUAGGGUAAAAAUUGAAGGCGAUAACGAACCUCAACCGACAAUCCCACGGGAAGAAGGGCAGGUUCCCUUCUUGUUUGUAGGCACCGUUGAAAGUAUAUCAAAUGCAAAGGUCUUGUUGCAGUAUCACUUAGCUCACCUAAAGGAAGUGGAACAACUCCGCCAGAACAAACUAGAAAUCGAUCAGCAGCUGCGCAGCAUCGGCUCCAACAUGGGCUCCAUGCAGUCCCUCUCCAUGGGCGGACGGCGUUCCGAACGCGGGUACAGCUCGGACAUGGACGGCCGCGGACCCAGGGGAGGUUCGCGAGGCGGCCGCGGCGGCAACCGUGGCAGGGGAGGCGGCCCGCGCCAAGGCGGCGACCGCUACGGCCAGGAUAUGCGUCACCAGACACCGGACAAUUCCGAUGACCGUUUCUCCGAGCGCAGGGGGUACGGAGGCAGAUACAACGGGCCCAGAAAUGACAGGAGGCCGCUGCGUAGGAACGACCCUAGACACGGCGACGACAGACGCAGGAACCACGACGACGAGGAAACGGUUUUGGACAGUCAGGAAGUGUCCAGUGCGGACAGAGAAUCGAUCUCUAGUCAGGAGGGCGGCGCGUGGUCAGGCGGAGGCGGCGCCGCGAGAGCUGGCGGGCGACGCAAGCGCAAAGGCGGGCCUCGUAGGGCGGCCUCGGUGAAGGGCGGCGAGCUGCCCCAGGAAGACUCACGGCUUAACAAUAACGAUCCGGCUACGGUGACUGUGGUCCCAGUGUCCAACCACACCGACAACAUAGAUGCACCACCGGUAGCCGCCAACAACAACGGCCACAUCAAGCAGAACGGCUCCGGAUCCGAGCGCGGCGCUGGUGGAGGUCCAAAACCGCGCCCCAACAAGCCUCCGCCGAGCAACAGACGCCCGGACCGCGGCGGGGACAAGCCCAAGGAAGCCUUGGUGAACGGGACGGCGGCCUAGGUGUGCGCGCAUCUCUGAUCCGUGGAUAAAACGGCGCGCGCUUUACGUCUGAUACACAUAGCGGGCGGUAUUGUCGACGGGAGGGGGAGGGGGACUAAACGCGAGUUUGUAGGUUAUGGAAUUAUUUUUUUCGAGUUCUGAUAUCGGUCUUUGUUUUGUACAUUGUGUACUUAACCUUAUUAAGAAUCUAGUUCACAUUUGAGUGGACUUGUUGAAAUGAUUUUUGUAAGUUGCUUAAUUAUGAGUGUUUUUUUUUAAACUUUUUACCUCUGUGAAAAUCUUUUACGGUUUUGUCUUUUUCAUUUGUAGUCAUGAAAUGUCCUUAAUUUGUUUGACUGGAAAAUUGAACAGUAUAAAAUUUAGAAGAGGAAAAACUUUAUUAACUUUUGGAGAAAAAUGGCAUUCUACAUAGAAGUUUUUACUUCUUCUAAAAUAGUUAAUCUCGUUAAAUGUUUUCAAAUUUCCAUUCUGUUUUAGAGAAAAAUAUGAAAAUAUGGUUGAAUUUUUUACGGAAUGAAAUUAAAACGGUAAACAAUAUGGCGUUACUGAAAAUUAAUAAUAACCAUCUACCAAAGAAUGAAAACCUAAAAAUGAUAUUGCCAUAGAAACGCGUUUUGAUUUUUGAAAAUUCAACUAUAUUUUCAUUUUCUUUUUGUUUUUCUCUAAAACGGUAUGGGAAUUUUUAAAGUAAUAAACAGAAUUGAGAGACCACUUUAGACCAAGCAAAAAAACUAUAUGAAGAAUGGAUUUCUUCCAAAAAGAUAAUAAUAAAAACGUUUUUCCUCUUCUAAAGACAAUGAAGGGACAUACUGUAGUGUAUACCAUGGUUUUACAAAAAAUAUAUCCCUGAAACACAUCCUAGGAGAAUCAGCUCUUAAUGUCAGUAAAUCUUAAAAGUUACCAAAUCGACACGUUGACUCAGAACGGCGAGAAAAUGUCUAUUAGGUGACGUUUUUAGAUUUAUUGACAUUGAGUUAAUUUUUACGUGUUCAAAGUUUUUAAAAUUCGUAACGUUGUCUGGCGAAAUAAAUUUUUCAGUUUGAGGAAUCAAAGUCGUCGGUUUCAUGAAUACAGAUGAAAGAAAGACCAAAAAAUAUUUAAAAUACAUUCAGUAGACUAAAUUCUCAAGAUAUAUUAGCUUUAAGUAUGUGUUAUGAAUGAAUAAAAUCUCCAGAUAUGGAUCAACACACGUCAAAAAGUGACUUAGAGCUUUACAGCCUUUUUAAAACACUAAGCGAAUGCCCCCACCUGUCCGUCGACAACGCCCCCUAUCGCGCAGAAGCGUCACAGCGCACGCGCGGCGUCACAUAACGCGACCCGACACCGAGAGGCGCUGAGGACUUUGUGUUUUUUUUUUUCAAAUAUUUUCUCUUAGUUUGCGUAGCCCGAAAGUGUAUCAAAUUCCCAGAGUAGUAGUGAAAUAAUAUUCAAACCAGGGUGGUCGUCUGCCCGCCACACGGACGAUUCGUCGGACUGUCUUGGUUCUGUGAACCGAUUUUUUACAUCGUCAUCGUCAACAGCGGGUGAUUUAUGAGCGCGCAUUUACUUACGAAAGUUCGUUUCUGGGUCCAUCUUACCGCGCGAUCGAAAGAAAAAAAACGGUGUCGUGGUAACCUUUGAAAUCUAUUGCGGAGGUUAUUACGACGGCGUUUUUUUUCUUCUUUUGAUCGAACGGUACUUUGAAAAGUUGCCUGCAAGGUAGUGUACCUUGAAAGCAUUUUGUUUUAUUAUUAUUAUUAAUUUUUUUAAUGUUCUAAUUUAGAAAUAGACUAAGAAAACCGCUUUUUGUUCCUAUUGGAAAUCGAUAAAAUGAAAUAUAUAAGUUAUUUCAA